AUGAAUCAUAACAACGCCUCCUUCGACAACGUCGACAAAGAGAAAGAUCGAAUCGGCGACACUAAUGCCUCGAAUGACAGCAUUCCCGACGGAAAAGAGGCACCUCCAGCAGUGAUUCUAAACACUGAACAGCCGCCAACGGACGUCGUACCUGCAACUGAACCACCGCCAUCACCUAAUGGUGGCUAUGGAUGGGUUUGUGUAGUCUGCGUGGCUUUAAUCAAUGCUCACACUUGGGGCUUAAAUUCCUCUUAUGGAGUCUUCCUCGCAUACUAUCUGGCCAACAACGUCUUCCCUGGUGCCACCUAUCUGGAAUUCGCUUUUGUCGGAUCAUUGUCUAUUGCGUGUGCAUUGCUCGUUUCGCCUGUGGCUACGAUCUUUACGCGCAAAUUCGGCACCAGAACUACCCUUUUCACCGGUGUAGUGUUCGAGACUGCGAGCUUGAUCGGUGCGAGUUUUGCGAGCCAGAUAUGGCAGUUGUUCCUCAGUCAGGGUGUUUGCUUUGGCUUUGGUAUGGGCUUUCUGUUCGUCGGAUCUGUAGGGAUUGUGCCUCAAUGGUUCACUACGAAAAGAAGUCUGGCAAACGGUAUUGCCACUGCCGGUUCUGGUCUGGGUGGGUUGAUAUACUCACUUGCUACUGGAGCGAUGAUUCCUAGUAUUGGACUGCCAUGGGCUUUCCGAGUCUUAGGGAUCGUAGCAUGUGUGGUAAACGGUGUUUGCGCAAUGUUGGUGAGGGACAGAAACAAGGCAAUUGGAAGUUCGCAAUUGGCAUUCGAUGUGCAGCUGUUAAAGCGGACCGAGUAUCUGCUAUUGCUAGGUUAUGGCUGGUUUAGCAUGCUGGCAUAUGUCGUUUUACUCUUCAGUUUAGCCAACUUCGCACGCAGUGUCGGCCUCACGGCAUCGCAAGCCUCCACCGUCUCAGCAAUAUUCAAUCUGGGCCAAGCUGUUGGUCGUCCACCUAUAGGAUACUUCAGCGACAACAUUGGUCGCAUCAACAUGGCCACCCUCAUGACCUUUAUAUCCGGCCUGUUCGCCCUCGUCAUCUGGACAAGCGCAAAGAGUUUCGGAGUCCUCAUCUUCUACGCCAUAUUCGGAGGCUCUGUGGCAGGAACGUUUUGGACGACCAUUGCGCCUGUCACGGCCGAAGUUGUUGGCCUGCGCAAUGUUCCUGCUGCAUUGAACAUUUGUUGGCUCGUCCUUGUGAUUCCUUGCACUUUCUCCGAGCCGAUCGGACUUGAGAUUGUGUCGUUUGACGGCGGAUACCUGGGAGCACAGCUGUUUACUGGGUUCAUGUAUGUUGGUGCCGCUGUAUGUGCGCUCUUCGUCAGGAGUUGGAAGAUCGCCGAAGUGGACGAGAUUGAAGGACUGCAAGAUGUUGGCAGUGUAGAUGCCGUGGCCAUUGAGACGAAAGUGGCCGAAAGCGUGAAAGAAGUCGCAAGAAAGACAGCGAGGAAAAGGCUGAUCAGUUGUAUCUGGAGAUGGAAGAAGGUAUGA